CAUAUCACUUUACAUAUUAUCUCGAACAAUAAGUAAUACAAUGCGUAUUACAAAUUAAUUUUCCCACAUGCCCUUAAACUAAUAACAUCCUAUUGUGUACAGACUGUAUCCAUUUCUUUUUUUUUAUAUCCAAAGUACGUAUGAAUGAGCCGGCGUCACAAUAUUUAAAAACUCAUUGGUGCGUGCCCCCAAUGAUUGUGGUAUGUGAUAACAUCUAUGGAUACAAGGGUCGCUAAAUUUUCGGGGUUCGUUAGGCGGGGCUAUAGUAACCCCGCCUUCUUUUGUAAUACAUACCCUUUAAAGGUGGUGUACUUGGGAUACUGGCUUAAACGUAUCUUGUCAGGAGUAAGCAAACGUCAUGGAUUCUUCGUGUCAUUCAGAAUCUAAGUGCAAUUCGGAUUUUAGUAUAAAAAGGAUUUUAGGUGAAGCUACGUCUGGCGAGGAGGCAAUGCCGAGCUGGCUGAUCUGCACGCGAUACCGACCGCCGCGGUUACCAAGGUCUGUGAGCUCUACAAGCCGCGUGCGGCGGUCGGGGCGGCACGCGCGGGUGCCGUUCACCGCGGCGCAGGCGGCGGCGCUGGAGGCAGCCUACGCCCGUGCCCCCUACCUCGCACCGCCCGCACUGCGCGCUCUCGCUGCAGCGUUGCAGUUACGAGAUGAUAGAAUAAAAAUUUGGUUUCAAAACCGUCGAGCGAGAGAGCGAAGAGAGAAAUGUUCGACUAUAACACCACCGCAGGAUGUUACACUACCACCGACCUCUCCGCAGACAAACGCCUUGCAGCCAGGACUAUGGAUUCCUCAUACAGAUUUGCAACAAAAUCCGCAAAUUUCACAGGAAUUAGUCCAACAUAUGUUCCAAGAUACUUCUAUCGCAAUACAUUUAAUGAGACCCUCUACCUCUGUACAGGAUGAAGAGCCAAGAGAUCGAUGCGAUAGCCCAUUAGAUGUAGAAACGUAG